AUGUCUAUGACUACAAAGAUCGGAGCCUUUUUUGGCCCAAGCAGACAAUAUGCUGUUGCCGGUGCUUCCAAUAGUCCCCAUAAGUUCGGGUUUAAAAUCUUUGAUUGGUACCUUUCUCGGGAUUUGAAUGCUAUCCCUGUGAAUCCUCGGGAAAAGGAGAUCAUUGGCCAACCAGUAGUUCAUAAUAUCGAGACGAUUUUAAAUACGUUAAAGGAUAAGAAAGACCUUGAUUCUUACCACUUGAGUACCAAGGAUGGACUUUCUAUUUCAUUUUUGACUCCUCCUGAAAUAACUUUAGCCACAUUGGGAGAAAUAGCCUCGGUUGAAGGAUAUAAAGAUUUAAUCAAAGGAUUAUGGUUUCAACCAGGCAGUUAUAGUGAAGGUGUUAUCCAAAAGGCAUCUGACUUGGGUUUACUCAAUAAGACAGUAUAUCAAGAUGAAUGUAUCUUGAUUCGUGGUGAUGAAGGGUUGCUGCUGUCUGUUUCGCCCAAUUUGUGA